UUUUUGUUUGGUAAACGUAAAGCGAGUGAUCUUUUUACGCAUCAGCAUACCAUACCAGCGAGCUGUCCAUAGUCCAACCAGAAUCAAAGUGCAUCUUCAUUUCUUGCUUGGUUUGGCUGAUUAUUAGCAAACAAGGAAACCAUGGUUGCGAACACAGCUGGUGCCCGUGUUACCCGAGUGGCCGAACAAGCACGUAAGGCGCCAACGAGCGUCGAUUGCGACGACAUCCCCUUGUCGCCACAAGUAGAGGGUCGCAGCCCAGUUGCAGCGACACAUGAUUCUCGUACACCUACUCGAUUUGAAGUAACGCCAACAGGAUCCAUUUCGCCAGAGGAGGAAGAAUCGGCAACACCAAAGCGUCGAAACUCGAAUUUGGGUUCAAACUCGUCGCUGCCAAACGACAUUUUGGAGUCUCUAUCCCUGUCUUUGAGCGAUGUCAGGCCCACUGACAAUAACCCCAGGCGGAAGGAUCUUCCAAUGAGAGCACCAGAGCCUCCAGAGACUUCUGAUAACAACGUCAUUUCCCCCGGAAACAACAAAACAGCCAAUUCAGCUGCCAAUGAUCCGGUCCCCAACAAUGCGCCAGCCCCUAAACCGGUAAAGAAACCCCGGAGACUUUCUGCUGCAACCCUACGCCGACAAGCUCAACUUCAGGUACAGAGGAAAGGGCUUCCAGUAGACCAGCUACUGGCGCUGCAGGGAGUUAACGCCAUGGUAGACGAUCCAAAUGUCGAGCUGCCGAAAAGAGAGGUUUCCAAGGAGCCCCCUCGAAUGCAACAGGUAUCGCAGCCAAUAAUCGGAAAGCCGACAGCUAGGAAGGAAGAGGUUCCACCAUUGCAACCCAUGGCCCCGUCAACGCCUCCUGAAGUCGAACAACAGCAGAUGCAACAAACAGCCAAAAAGUCAAAACAACAACCAGUAAAGCAGACGACCAGAGAGGAGGAGGGAUCACCCGUACAAAAAAAAGCCACUCUCGGUUCCAGAAAGGUUGUGUCGUCUCCAGAGAGAAACAGUGUCAAGUUCUUGGCGGAUCCUGACACCAGCAUCGUCAAGAGUCAAGCCAAACCACCAUCGCCUCCCUCGCUGGAAAUGCCCACAUUGGACGACAACGACGCCAAACCCAGAGCUAGCAGUAUCCAGUACAAGAAAAGUUCCUCGUUCGCGCCCGAUGAAGUCGACAAAACCAACGACAAGCCACACGUUCCCCCGCCAGUACGCAAGAAAGCCCCACCUGUCCCAUCUCGCAAAGGCGGACUCAAGACAAAGAGCUCUUCGGUCCCGUCUUUACCCGUCACGAAACGAGAGGCCAUGGUAGACGAGAAGAAGUUGAUGGCAAACGCUCAACAGUCCCUCGAGUCACUGAGCGCUGGCACCUUGGCACAACUGAUGAAAGCGUUGCAAGCCGACAAGACAAAGACAUCCACCAACAUGAAAAGGCUCGUUGAAAGCAACCCCGCUGGUAGUUUCGUUGUGGAAUCUAAGCCUGGUACCUAUCACGUCCUGACCCCCAAUGUGUUGGCCAGGUUUGUAGCACAGGAUAACGCCAAAGCGCAACGAAGGCAUUCCGUGAGCAAUGCCAGCAUCACCAAGGCGACCCGCCAAGCAGCGAGACCCAAGGCUCCACCUACCAAGCCAACAUCCGUAAUUACCACCCGCAAUCAUGUGGAAGUGGAUGUCGACAGUUCGGAGAUUGAUGUGGAUGAUCUUGAUCUCGAGAGUGAGGCAUCGAGCAUAACGCAGGUGACGAAACGUGAGAGCUUUACAAUUGACGUGUAGCUUGCUUGCUUGAGAGCCCGAAGCAGGCACGAAGAAGGGGAGGUGGCACUCUGCAGCAAGUUGGCAAAGCAAGGCAAUCUCCGAGGAAGCUGUGAAUGUGGGAAAGUUAAAAAGCAAGGAGAGCUAGCAUUGAAUCAUGACAUUUUGUUGUCAAGCUAUUGUUAGGAGACAAGUGGUAAGAAUGGCUCGUUCCUGGAAGCAGACAGCAAAAAGCAAGCUCUCAAUCAGAUGAUAAGUGGGAAACAAAAUUGAGUAAUGUUUAGUUAGAGGAAGCAAGUUGGUCUAUUUUAAAAAAAAUAAUGAUCUCUCUCAACCGUCACAGAUACUGUAAUGUGAAGGUUGGAUGCAAAUCGUUAGCUCAGGCUGCACCUCUGGCCGUACCGGCACGGCACCGGUCCGUAGUAGAGUUGAAAGCUUCCGUACGUGUACUAUCCUAAGACUCUAUACUAUCUUUUAUUAAUAGC